CAUGGGAGAAAAAAAAAAAUCCUGAAUACCAACCAAGCAGUAGCAUUCUAUUGAAGUUGAAGUCGUACAAAAGAGAGGGAGGAGACCAAUCUUCUUCCUUUUCAGACAGAGACUAGUAGAGCGUCCCCACGAAAUAUGAAACCCUAAAAAAUCCAUAUGGACUGAAGACGUUCCACAUAUCUCACUUUUCUUUGAGUUUGAUCCAUUCGUAUUCAGAACAAGGAGAAGGAGAGGAUAUGCAUCCGCAUCAGAAGACAAUUCUUCCCAAGAGAAUAAUACUGGUUCGCCACGGUGAAUCUCACGGCAACCUCGACACUGCAGCCUAUACCACCACCCCUGACCACGAGAUUCAGUUGACCCAACAAGGCAUUGCACAGGCCCGCCUCGCCGGAGCUAAAUUACGGCAGGUCGUUGCUGGCGGCGACUCUUGUCCCAAUUGGCGGCUCUACUUUUACGUCUCCCCCUACGACCGCACUCGAUCGACCCUCCGCGAGAUUGGUCGAUCUUUCUCCAAGAAAAGGGUUCUUGGCGUCAGAGAGGAGUGCCGAAUCCGGGAGCAAGACUUCGGAAAUUUUCAGGUGCAAGAGAGGAUGAAAGUCAUCAAGGAGACGCGCGAACGCUUCGGCAGGUUCUACUAUCGCUUUCCGGAGGGAGAGUCCGCUGCCGAUGUUUUCGAUCGCGUUUCAAAUUUCCUAGAAUCGCUGUGGAGGGACAUAGACAUGAACAGGCUACACAUGGAUACCAGGCAUGAUCUGAAUCUGGUGAUUGUGUCACACGGACUGACAUCACGGGUAUUCUUGAUGAAGUGGUUCAAGUGGACAGUGCAACAAUUUGAGCAUUUAAACAAUCCAGGGAACUGUGAAAUCCGGGUGAUGCAGCUGGGGAGAGGAGGGGAAUACAGUUUAGCAGCGCAUCACAGUGACGAAGAACUUUUGGAAUGGGGGCUUUCCCCUGACAUGAUAGCUGACCAGAAGUGGAGGGCCACUGCAGAUAGGGGUGCCUGGAACGAUCACUGCCCCUGGUACUUGGAUGAAUUCUUUGACCAUCUUGCUGACGAUUCUGAUGAUGACACUGGACGCACAAGUUGAAACCACUCGAUAGUGUGCCCUCUUUCUGCUUUUGAAACCACGAAUUCUUUUAGCAUCAUUAUUUUUAUAGUCAACAGUCAUCAAUACUACAAACAAAUCUAUUCUUUAAGCGAUUCCUAGACGCUUGCAUCGGGUGAUGUGUCAAGCGGGAGCCUCCAUUGUCGUUUGUCUCAGGCAUGUGACGAUUUCAUUUGGAAUCAGGAACGUUGAUCA